AUGUCCGUCAUCGACCAUUCCCCCCACGAUUCCGAUCCUUCACCUCUGGUGGAAACAGCCUCCAACCUCAUCCUCAUCGACAACUAUGAUUCCUUCACCUGGAAUGUCUACCAAUAUCUCGUCCUCGAGGGCGCCAAGGUGACCGUCUUCCGCAACGACCAGAUCACCAUCGACGACCUCAUCGCAAAGAACCCUACCCAGCUCGUCAUCAGCCCUGGUCCCGGUCAUCCCGGUACCGACUCCGGUAUCUCGCGCGAUGCCAUCAAGCACUUUGCCGGCAAGAUCCCCAUCUUCGGUGUGUGCAUGGGUCAGCAGUGCAUCUUCGAUGUCUACGGUGGCGAUGUGAGCUUCGCCGGUGAGAUUCUUCACGGAAAGACCUCUCCUCUUUGCCACGACGGAAAGGGCGCAUAUGCCGGUCUUCCUCAGGAUCUGCCAGUGACGAGAUACCACUCUCUUGCCGGUACUCAUGUCACCCUCCCCGAGUGCUUGGAGGUGACCUCUUGGAUUGCAAAGGAGGAUGGUUCCAAGGGCGUCAUCAUGGGUGUUCGUCACAAGGAGUACACCAUUGAGGGUGUUCAGUUCCACCCGGAGAGCAUUCUGUCCGCUGAGGGUCGUGGCAUGUUCCGGAAUUUCCUUCACAUGCAGGGAGGCACCUGGGCGGAGAACGAGAGACUGCAAAAGGAGACCCGGGCAAAGGCCGCCCGCACAAAGUCCGGCACUUCCACGCCCAAGAAGAGCAACAUCCUUCAAAAGAUCUAUGCCCACCGCAAGGCUGCCGUGGAUGCUCAGAAGCAGAUCCCUUCCCAGAGACUUUCCGACCUCCAAGCUGCUUACAACCUGAGCCUUGCUCCUCCUCAGAUCUCUCUUGUCGACCGUCUUCGCAACUCCCCCUUUGAUGUCGCUCUUUGCGCCGAGAUCAAGAGAGCAUCUCCCUCCAAGGGCGUCUUUGCGCUUGACAUUGACGCCCUUCGCAAGCUCGCAAAGUGGUUCAAGGGCAGCAUCGACGACCUCCGUGCUGUCCGCCAGGUCCUCAACGGCAUGCCUAACCGGCCUGCUGUCCUCCGCAAAGAGUUCAUCUUCGACGAGUACCAGAUCCUCGAAGCCAGACUCGCCGGUGCUGACACUGUCCUUCUUAUCGUCAAGAUGCUCGACUAUGAGCUUCUCGAGCGCCUCUACAAGUACUCCCUUUCUCUCGGUAUGGAGCCCCUAGUCGAGGUCCAGAACACCGAGGAGAUGGCCACGGCUAUCAAGCUCGGCGCCAAGGUUAUCGGCGUCAACAACCGCAACCUCGAGAGCUUCGAAGUCGAUCUCGGCACCACCGGCCGUCUCCGCAGCAUGGUGCCCAACGAUACCUUCCUCUGCGCUCUCAGCGGCAUCAACACCCACCAGGAUGUUCUCGACUGCAAGCGUGACGGCGUCAACGGCAUCCUCGUCGGCGAGGCCAUCAUGCGUGCUCCCGACGCCACCCAGUUCAUCCGUGAGCUCUGCGCCGGCCUGACCGGCCCCGUGCCCAAGUCUGCCGCUGAGCCGCUCCUCGUCAAGAUCUGCGGCACCCGUUCCGCUGAGGCCGCCACGGAAGCCAUCAAGGCCGGUGCCGAUCUCGUCGGCAUGAUCCUCGUACCGGGCACCAAGCGCUGCGUCGACCAUGAAACCGCCCUCUCCAUCUCCCAGGCUGUGCACAUGAGCAAGAAGACCGGAUCCACCGAGGUCUCCUCGCAAGCUUCCAAGUCUGCAAGGGACUUUUUCAAUAUUAACGCCGAGGUCAUCCGCAAGCGGGGACCCCUGUUGGUCGGUGUUUUUAUGAAUCAGCCCAUUGAGGAGGUUCUCGAGAAGCAGCGUCUCUAUGAUCUCGAUAUCGUCCAGCUCCACGGUGAUGAGCCGCUCGAGUGGGCCAACUUUAUCCCAGUGCCCGUCAUCCGCAAGUUCAAGCCCGGUCAGGUCGGUCUUGCCACUCGCGGGUUCCAUGCCGUGCCGCUGCUGGAUUCGGGCGCCGGAUCUGGCGAGAUGCUGAACUUGGAAUCUGUCAAGAAGGAGUUGGAGAAGGAUGAGCAGGUUACCGUCCUGCUUGCGGGUGGACUGGGGCCUAGCAAUGUCGCUGAGACGGUCAAGUCUCUGGGGGCUCUGGCCGAGAGGGUGAUUGGUGUGGAUGUCAGCAGUGGUGUUGAGGAGGGAGGCAAGCAAAGCUUGGAGAAGAUUAGGGAGUUUGUUAAGGCUGCCAAGUCCGUCAGGUAA